AUGACUAAACAAGAAUUUGCUGUAAAAAUUCUUAUGAAAUAAGAUUUGGUUGACCAUUUAAUUAAAGGAAUCAGUUAAGAGGCAACUCAUAAUGAUGUUAAUAGAAUACAAAAAACAUUACCUUAGCAGCUUCAAUAGACUAGAGAAAUAAAGGUGCUAUAACAUUGGUUAAAUACUAAGGUAGUUGAGUUUCAAGCUAGAGUUUCUCUGCAGGGUUUAAUGGAGUCAUUUAGCUUCAUUUAAAAUAAAAUCUUAGCUGAUGUAAUAAUUCGUUGA